AUGGGUUUUCUUGACAAUCUCUCAGACAUGUUUUCAGAUAUCACCAUAACGAAGAGGAAACGCAAACCCAUGCAGACAGUUGAAAUCAAGGUGAAAAUGGAUUGUGAUGGCUGUGUAAGGAAAGUCAGAAAUUCUGUUACCUCCAUGAAAGGUGUGAAAUCAGUGGAUGUAAAUCAAAAACAAAGCAAGGUAACAGUUAGUGGUUAUGUUGAGCCAAAGAAGGUGUUGAACAAAGUGAAGAGCACUGGAAAGAGAGCUGAGUUUUGGCCUUAUGUCCAAUACAAUCUGGUCUCUUACCCUUAUGCACCUCAAGCCUAUGACAAGAAGGCACCCUCUGGUUAUGUGAAAAACGUCGUUCAAGCACUUCCCAAUCCAAACGCACCCGAAGAGAGGCUCAGUAUACUUUUUAGCGACGAAAACCCGAAUGCAUGUACAAUUAUGUAA